CUAGAGCAGCACUUGUUAAUAUAGUACAUAUAUUGGCAAUAUGGAUCUAGAGGAAUUUCUAGCGCUAGAGCGACAGCAGUUGGAAUUCGAUCGCCAGCGUUUGGCUGCAGCUAACAACACUCUUCAGAAUGGUGCAAUCAAUUCGCAGGGCGUUUGUCCUGCCGCCUUGCUAAUGCAAAUGAAAGGUUACAAGCCCAAGCAAUGUCAGCGCAUGGCCAACACAAAACACAGCGAGUGCAACGAACUGGAAAAGGCCUCGAGCUCGGCCUUAGCAACGCCUAACCAAAACUCCGACCUGCAGCUAGAGUUGAGUGUAGAGGAGAACUUGCCGGAGUUGAAGCUGGAGCAGGAGCCGGAACAGGAACAGGAACAGCGGCACCAGAGGAAUACAUCUGCCACCUCACCACUUAGCCUAAAGUCGGCCAAGGAAUUUGUGAAUCAGCGCGAAUUGCUUAUUGGCAGCGCCCGACAAUAUAAAUCACCAAAUGCGACGUAUCGUAAUUUGGAAAGCGAGCGACCGCAAAGCGAGAAUCGAUUGCCAAUUGGGAAGCGAGCGACCGGCGAUGAUAUGGAGCAAUGGGUUACGGACACAUUUUAUUCGUAUUUUCCCGGCUUCAACAAUGAAAAUCAGAAACGUCAAAAUUAUUUGCGUGAGCGACAGCGCGAGAAUCAGCAGAACUUGCUUAAGCACCAGAUGCUGCACCCGCCAUUGGCUAAACAGCGAAGACAGCUGAAGCCAACCACAGCAACGCCAACACCAACUUCAGUGCCGGCCGGAGAGGAGCUGCAGACCACGGCGCGCUCCAGUCAAUCCAGCACAAGCACAAACCACAGCCGAACGGAUAAGACUGACCUAGAGUUAAUUGUAAAUAAUAACCCCAACUAUGUGCCGCCGAAAAUACGUACGGCUACGACACGUCAGCAGCUCCUCCAUGAUCUUGGCCACGUUGAGCUCUCCAACAUUGUCUCCGGCGACGGCAUCAACGAGCGCAAUAUGCGCAGUGCCGAACUGGAGACGGCACGCAAGAAAGAGUACCAGCGGGACUUGAUGCAGCAAAUCGAAGAAAAGCGUCGUUCCAUCGAGAUGCUACGAGAGAAGGAACGGCGACAGGAGGAGGUGCUGACCAGGCGCCUGGAGGCCCAGCUCAAGACGAUGCACCUGGAGGAGCAGCUCGAAAAGGAAAAGAAGCGCGCUGAAAAGGCACGCAUUGAGACGGAACGGAAUCGUUUGAAGCGCGAAAAGCUGCUGGCCAAACUGGAAGAGGAUGCGCAGCUGUUGCAUGCCAAGGAGCUGAAUAAUUCCAAGGAUAUCAAAGCCAACACCAACAAUAAUACCAACAUCAACAACACCAAUAUCAAUAAUAAUAACAACAGCAAUAAUAAUAACAGCAAUGCCAACACCAACAAGGUCUACAAGUACUUUAGCAAUUCGGCACGGCACGAAUAUAGACGGGGCCAGCCGUUGCCGCCGGGCGUGGAGCUCGAUUUCGAAUUGCCCCAAAUGGCGAAGAUUGAGCGCGAAUGCUUCCACUUGUGCGAGAAGAUCUGCCCGCUCUGCGACGAGCCGCUGAAGAGCUAUGAGAGCUGUUGCCUGCGCUGCCAACGCAAGUUGGCUUUGAAAAUGAAACCGCCGAGCAGCGACGCGCCGACAUCAACGAGCGAUGAGGCGACCGUCGAACCGGCUGCUGCAGUCGAUCACAGCUGCCAGAAUAGCUAUGCGCUUGUCUGCCUGAAGUGUGAGCGCCUGUAUGCCAUGUGUGGACAGUGCCUGGUGAAGAGCGAUGUCUGCCGCGCCUGCCAGCGAGAGCGCAAUAUCUGCAUGAACUGCCGCCGCAAUCUGUGCUCCUUUUGCCUGGAGGAGAUCGCCUGCGGUCGCGAUGCCGAGCGCACGCAUAUCAAUGAGCAGCUGGACCGCGAGCAGCCAACAGAGGAUUCGUUUCGCGUGCUGGAAGUCAAUUGCCCGCCGGCAGCAGAGAACAAUUGCUCAAACCUAGUAGAUACGACGCCGCCGCCGUAUUCCUUUAAUAUAUCUCCCAACUCGGUGUUUCACGAGGACUAUAAGGCCACGCCCGUGAAGCCAUUGCAGCUGGAUCAGGAGCCGCUGCCCACUGUCUCGGGCAGUGCGAACAACAGUUUCGAGGUCGACAGCGCCGAUGAGCAAGCGAUGAAGCGUGUGAGACUUCAGACGGAUCAGCGCUUGUCGCGCUACAUGAAAAACUAUGGAGACUUGGCCCUCAAGCAGCAGCAGCACCAGCUGCACCGGCAGCUGGAGUUGCGCAGCAAAAGUGAAUCGCGUAAUCGCGGCACACAAACAACACCACAGACAUUGGGACGGCGCGACAUCGUUCUCCACGAGACUCCCACUCAGAAUUUAUCAAUGCCUCUGCUCCGCGAAAUGCCCAAAAUGACGCGCAAAGACGCGGCCCCUACGCUGGACGGCAAUCGGCAGCAGCAGAAAAUAGACAAUCUCAAGAAGCGCUGGGAGGUGCCUGUCGUGCAGAAGUUCACGGUGUCCAAAUCGUCUCCGAAGAUCCUGACACAAGUGGGCGCAAUACGCAAACAACUGCAGGCGGCGCGUUUCUAUGAUGAUGGCCAGGAUGCCGACGACGACGACGACUACUGAGAGCUAACGCCAAUUUUUCAACCAUUUGUGACAAAUUGCCGACGUUUAGUUGAUGUUCAGUCGAAAUAGCUCAGCAACAAUAGUU